AUGGGUUCUUUAUAUGAUGACUUAGAACCUAUAUCGGUUCAAGAAGCUCUCUUCUGCCCAAACUCAAAUGAAUGGAAUGAUGCAGUAGGAGAAGAACUAGAAUCAUUGAGAGAAAACCAUGUCUGGGACUUUGUUGACCUUCCACCAGAACGUCGAGCAAUCGGAAAUAAAUGGAUUCUUAAGAUCAAAUGUAAGGCGGACGAAUCGAUAGAUAGGUACAAGGCUCGCUUGAUAGCGAAAGGUUAUACCCAAUACGAGGGUAUAGACUAUGAGGAAAUGUUUUCACAUGUGGUGAGGUUUAAUAUGCUUGAUUGUAACCCCAUUGACACUCCAAUCGCGAAAGGUGAAGGCCUAAGCCUAAAUAUGUGCCCUAAGACCGAUAAUGGGAAAAAAGAGAUGAAAGGAGUUCCAUACUCAAGCGCUAUAGGGAUUGUGAUGUAUGCUAUGAUGUGCACUCGGCCGGAUAUUUGUUAUGCGGUUGGCUUGGUAAGCCGAAAUGAUUUACACUUGACGGGUUACACCGAUGCCAAAUGGGCUGGCGAUUUAGAUGAGCGUAGAUCAACUUCAAGAUAUGAUUUCUUGCUAAGUGGUGGUGCUAUUACUUGGAGUAGCAAGAAGUAG